AUGAUCCAAAUAUUGCUAAAUGAGCGCUUGAUGGAGGGUGUAAACCACGAGGAUCACAAUUUUAGAUCAGAUCUCCUAAUUUCUAAAUCCUGUGAAAACGCUUGCUGCCGUCGUGUCUCCGAACACGCAUUGAGACUAAUGCAUGCAACUUCUCUUCUUAAGUCAUGUAUUUUGCAGCAACACCAAAAUCAGACAUAUUUGAGUUCUCAAACUCACUUCGAAGAUACAGACGCAGUGCUUCUUCGUGCUCGUACUGAUUGUGCUGCUUUGCAGCUCCAAGUCGGAGCGGGACUUUCCCUUCAAAGAGAGGUGCAGCAAUUGCGCAAAGAACUAGAGUUUCAUCGCGAAACAAUUGAUAAUUACAAACAAUUACUAAGUGACGGAAACAGUCUUAGAGAAGAGCUUCGCAGUGAGCUGACACGGGCGAGGAAAUCUGCAUCUGUCGCUCGUGCUGCAUUGGAACAAGAAAAACGGAAUCAGAUUCCGCAGGUGAAUUUACUAACCUCAGUCCCCUUUGACGGUGUCAGUCGUUGGCUUGAGGUGUACAAAGAAGAGAAUACAAAACUUCGCGAAUCCAUCCGCAUAUUGACCAGCAGGGAAAUGGAACUAUCAGGAGUAAUCUCACGAGUGGAGGACUACAUAAAAGAGGAAGUGGACCGACUUGUCAGGCCAAAGAGCCAAAAGACGGACGUCGUUUUUUCCGGAUCUUGGUUUAUGGGCCUUUUGGGUUUACUAGGUCUUCCCUGUCCCUCCGCUCUGAGAUACAAACUCACGGCUACGUCCGUUCGUUCACCACCAUCGGCGCCGCGUCGGCAACCUUCUAAACGCUGUCGACGCAAUAGUUCGGUUUCCAAACCCCUCAGCAAACAUUCCUCUGCCCUAGAGAGUAUUUUGAGUGAGCUAGACGAAGCUUGUGCCGACGCGGCCGUCCAAACUCCAGAUAAAAGGUUGCAGCAGCGAAGUCGUACCUUCUCCCCCUCUGCAUCCUCUUCCACUUUUGUGAAGGUGUCACGGGAAUCGCGAUCUCGGAAAGCAAAGCGGUUGCGGCGUGACAACGAUGUUUCUUCAUCUCCUCCAACUCAGCUCCCAGCUAAGGAUGCUCCGGGAGAUGUUUCACUAAUUUUGUCUCAGAAGUCCCGGAAAUUGCCUGAAAUUGGGAUGUGCUUUAGUCUCUCUGAUCAGAAGAAAUCGAGGAGGCAUGAUGAAAGGCAAGAAUCGUUGCGAAUUCCUAGCUUUGCACUAAGGAGUGACGUGCAGUCACUUGAGCAAAUUCCUAUUGAAAAUGUGAGUCCUCCCCUCCAAAAAUCCACGGUGGAUUUGGAUGAGAUGGAGGCCUCUCCGGUGGUAGAAAACCAACCCUUCAUAGAAUCGGGGUUCUCUUCACCUGUUCUUCGACCUUCUUCACCUACAAAACCUCACAAAAUUACCAAUGGGGAAGUGGAGCCUGAAGAGGAAAACUCGCUUGAGAAGAAUGGCAAUGGAGUUGGCCCACCAGAAAAGAAUCCAGUGACAAAGAGUCCCCAGCUCCUCAAGACAUUUCCUCACUUCGGUUUGUCCCCAACGGAUCGCGUCCAAACGCGCCCAACUGUUGCCGCAACACGACAGAAGAAACCGCUUUCUCCACCUACCUCUCUAGCCGAGAUCAUUACGGCUAAAUUCUCCAAAGCCGUUUUCAAUUGGUUCAAUGAUAUCACCACCUAUGAGAUAGUUAAGAUGGCACCUUUGAGAUUGCGAUCUCAAGUGGCUGAGUCUAAACCGGUUUCACCUCCCCCUAUGAAAGAGAAUAGAAAGGAGGACACUCCUCGUAAAUUGAGCAUUCCUCUUGGUAGCUGCGUGGGAAUGGAGUCGGGUAUUAUCAGCACUCCCCAACCUCAAUCCCUCCUCGAAGGCCUGACCGCCCACUUUGCUGGUCAGCGGGCGUUUAGUCACCCUUCUACGUCCAACAUAUCCAUGGAUGUUGUUUGUGAAGCACUCAUUCAGGCUUUAGAACUGGUUCCCAGCGCUGAUACAAGUCUUACCUCACCUCCUGACCCCGUUUUCCGAGCUGCAAGUCUGUUGAAGGCAGUAGGUAUGCCUCAAGAUACAUCAGCCUUCACCCUCUGGUUUCGUGUUCGUCUCCACGUCAAGAAGAAACGUCGGUUUCUUCCACGAACAUCGUUGCAAAUUUAUCGGCUAGCACAAGCUGCUUUCCUGACGUGUGACCCCUCUCGCCGAAGUGACCUGCUUUACCAACUUGCCACAUUCCUUUCCUUCAACGAAUACAGUACAACUCCGAUUUCAUGUCUUCUUCUUGCCUCUUACCAUGUUGCUUCCACCCCAAUGUCAAGUCUGGAUAGUGUCUAUCAAUUCCUCGCCUGGAAGGAGGCAGAGGAGUCAGCAGAUGUCGAGUUCGUCUCCACCCUUCGAAAUACUUCCUGUUGGUCUUCAACCCCGACGGUUACAUCUCUACGAGACCUUGUCUCCGAUUUGGUAGACAAUUUUUGCUAUGCGAGGGGUGAUAAUGCUGACGACAAUUCAAGAGCUCUACUACUUAUACUCACAGCUCAUGCAUUCACAGAUCUAGAAGUUAAGAAGUCUUCUACUUAUCGGUUCGGUUUGGUUGGCUGGCUCCUUAGGGCCAGACUUAUCAAUUGGAUUAAUGCCCUUGUAAAGAGCGUAGGAGAGGAUUCAACGCUACAGUUAAUACUUCGAGUCUGUUCCCUCUCUAUUGAUGUGAUUCUACUGACCGUUCAAUUGGACUUGAGACGAUCUUCUACCCCUUCCAACAAAAAACUCUCAGCAUGCCAACGAGGGGUUCUGGCGUGCUGUGAACGACUUUUCGAGGUGCUACUGUCCCUACUUCCUACUUCGUCACAACACCUCCCUCUUGUUGUUUUCUGCCUUCUUCGGUUAGUUCCCUGUCUCACUGAUGACCAAACAGCGAAACUUAGUGGACUUUUAAGAGACUUGCCCACGGACGACCUCUCCACUCCCAAUGCCAUUAGCAUUUCGUCAAUCCUGCCACCGCUGCAGAGUGCCUGUAUCAGCCGUUCUUUUGAGCGCCUGCAGAUACCAUCGGCCCAACCACUUGCCCACUGGAUGAGAAGAAUCCUUUCUUCUUUUUCCCCACCUAAUCUCUGA